CAUUGAAACAGGUGUGGAUAAUGUCCCCUCAAUUCCAGCUAUAUAACCACCCAACAGAAAGAAGCAGUGAAAAAAAAUAUUGAGUUAUCUCCCAUUCACUAGCCAUUCACACCAGUAUCUGCAACCAUGACAUUCAGCGUUCAGUUCUUCCUAUUGCUCCUGACACUGACAGCAUGUGCCAACUGCCAAAAACGAGAUUUAACCGAAGACAAGCUAAAACAGUUCGCCGGAGAGAAUCUGUCUGCUGAGGUGGCACAGACAUUAAAGCUAUCCGAACGAAGAAAUCCACUCAAAGGUCUAGCAGAGAUAAACAAUGAUGUCCAUCUUGGCCAGCUCGACAACGGAGUUAUUGCCAACAAGUUACCGCCAAAAUCGGACCAGUCUCUGCCCUCCUCCAGCCGGCUGGCAGCCUACAACAGCCUCCGGAAGAAAGUUCAAGCUGAAGUCGACGAUGAAGACGAUGCAAGGCCAUCAGACAGACUGCUGUUUGCGUAUAACACGCUUCGCAGGAAGACCGGUCAGAGUCCUCCCAGCGCUGAACGCCUGUCCGCAUACAACGCAAUUCAAAAGAAACUUAAAUCUUCUAAAUUGGACACAUUAGUUUCUGCUUACAACACUGUGCCAAGGAAGGACACCGAAGCAGCCGCCGACAGCAAACUCAUUGCGUACAAUACCGCGCCAAAGAAGCUCAGUGCAAGCCAACUAAGGGCAUAUAACACCAUCAGAAGAAAAGUGCUCGAGGACAACUCUGUGGAAAUAAAUUCAUCAGGCGAUAGUGAAGAAAAAUGAGCGUUAGCCUGGUGUUACAUUAACAGAAAGUAAAUCAUUCUCGAUCAAUAAAGAAAAUUAUGUAAUAUAAA